ACCUGUAAAUAAAUUUUGCAUUUAAAAAAAUUUUGUACUUAAAUUGAUAUAAUUAUUUAAAAAUAAAUGAAGAAAAUAGAUUGAAAUUAGUAACUUUAUUGAUUUAUAUAUAUUUAAUUUAUAUAUAAUUUAUAUAUAAAAUUUAUUUUUAUAAAAUUUUAAAUUCUAAUUUUUCUAUGUAUUUUUCCUAAACUAUACUUCAUUAAAUUAUGAAUUUUAUUUGUUAUAAGUUGAUUUGUUUAUUAUAAGUGAUAAAUAUUACAACACUCUUUAGCUAAAAUAUAUUGAAUGAUUUUUCAUAUUUGCUUUAAUUAAAUACCUAUGUAGUUAAAUAAUGCAGUUUUAUCUUAUAUAUACUUUCUAGUGGAUCUAUGCAGACAUUUUUGCGAUCGGAUCUGAUAAGUCCAUUGAAACGUGCUGUCAAUAUAACACGUUGUUGUAUAACAUAGAAAAAUCUAGUCAUUGAAAUAUUUAUUGGUUAUAUUAAUAAAAAAAUAAACAUAUACAAAAAAAAACUACUAAUAUAAUACAUGAAUGAUAGUUAACUACUUGCAUGCGUAAAAAUGCAUUAAAUAUACAAUAACAUAAGUAUAUUUUUAUAACGAAUAAAAUGUAUAAGAUCAUUUGUUAUUAAAUCUCAUUUGAAUUUAUCAUAAAAAAUAUUAUUAUCAUCAUAAAUAAUAAAAUAUUAAUAUCAUUAUAAAAAGUUCUAUAUAAUAUCAAUACAAUUAUGGCAACUGAGAUGAAAGAUAAUUUAAUAGGUAUACAUGAAAAAGAAAAUAGUAAUCCACGUGCUAUAUUUUACAAAAAACCUAUUAAAAAAGACAAUUAUAAUUUAGAUGUGGAUAAUAUUGAUACUUCUCAAGAAAUAAGACGCCGACGGUUAUUACAAUUUCAAAAAAAAUGUAGAGACAUAGCAUUUAAUGUUGGAAGAGGAAUAUUGGAAGAAGCAUUUAACUCUGAAGAAGAUGAAUGUGAAGAGGAAUUAGAAAUUGAGGAAACGAAUAAAAAAGGCUAUCACUCUUUUAAACGCCAAUUUAAUCAAACAAAAUAUUAUGCAAAUCAAUUAAUGAUGUCUGAAUGGAUGUUGGAAGUACCUCAAGAUCUUUUAGGAAAAUGGAUUAUAGUUCCUUGUCCUCAAGGAAAAAGAACUUUAGUUGUUGCAUGUAAAGGUAUAACUAAAGCAUAUAAUAAACGAGGUAAUCGUCUUGGUAAAUUCUAUUCUGCACUUCCUGGUGGUAAUCCAUCUGAACAUAGAAGUAGUUGUACCAUUGUUGAUUGUUUGUGGAUAAAACAACAAAAGAUAUAUUAUAUUUUAGAUGUACUUGCAUGGUCUAAUCAAUCAUUGAUGAAUUGUGAUACUGAAUUUAGAUUUUUUUGGUUAAAGUCAAAAUUACAAGAAAUAGAAGAAUUACACAAAAGGAAUACAUAUAAAAAUAGUUUUCCCAUGUUAUCUUUACCAAAUAUCAGUUGUGAUACUGAUAUAAGUUUAUCAUUAGCAAAUCUUCCAAAUUUAUAUCCCUUAGAUGGUUUACUAUUUUAUCAUAAAGAUGGACAAUAUACUAAAGGCCGUACUCCACUUGUAACAUGGUUAAAACCUUUUAUGUUAUCGGAAGUACUUGGUGUUUCUGUACCACCACCACUUGACGAACAACCUGAUGGGUAUAUAGAUUUUGUACAUUACAUUCUUAAUUGUCGUGCUAAAAAAAGAAAAGAAGAAUCAGAAAGUCAAAUGGAUAUUGCAGAUGAGAAUUCCUAAAAUUUUACUUUAUUUUAUUUAUAUAAACGAACUUCUUAAGGAAGUGAAUUAUAAUUGACAUAUUGAAGAUGUUAAUAAUACUUAUAUUUUAUGAAUGUAACUUUUGUGUUGUACAAAUUUACUAAUAAUAGUAUUUGAAAUUUAACAUUAAUAUUUUAUACAAUCUGUGAUAUUUAAAAAAAUUAUACCAAAUCCAAAUAAAUUUAUAAAACAUA